CAUCAAUUUUUAAUUAAAUUUUGAAUUUAUGAAAAAACACCAAUUUUCCCGAAGUUUGAUCAAAUCGACCGCAACAUCGAACAAAGAGUUUGAUUCAUCACAGGUGUGGUGAAUUCAAGUUUCACCAUACAGUACGUUUGCUGAUCUGCGGUUCACAUCGUCGCAUUGAACUUCAUAGAAUUUCAACAGAAAAACAAAACAAAACUUUCAGCUGUCAAACCAAAUGAAGAUGCUCUAAUACAAAAAUUGGCUGUAGAGUGAAAAGAAAACAUUAUACGACAGAAAAAAAGUAGAACGAAGAUAAAGACGAGCGAUUGAGUUUGUCCGUCAACCAAAAGGAUUCUACGAAUUGUGUGUAUUUGUGCGUGCGUGUGAAUGUGUUGCGUUUAUUUGAGUCAACAUUAAAUCGGUAUUUAAUCAAAUCUAAACGAAUCAUCUUUUCUUUUCUUCCUCUUCUGCCAUAAUGGAGAAAUGGUGCAAAUCUCGUAUUUACUAAUACGACUAGUGUGUAUACAACCAUAUGAAAUUGUGUACGAUUAUAGUAUUUUACAGUGCCGUUGUUUGAAAUGUUGUUUUUCGUCAUGUCAUUCGUAAAUCAAUAAGACAAAGACACACUUCGACGCGAAAAUUCCGAUUCUGUUACGAACAAUUUUCAUUCUCUUUCCGCUUUUUUUUGCCGAUGAAUGUUUUUGUUUUCAUUACAAAAUAAGAAUAAAAGUCACAGCGGCAGCGAAAGACGACGAAAAACUUUAUUUAUUAUUUAGCUAUUUUAAGCCAUGUUCAAUACGAGGGAAUCGCAAAAAAUUAGCUUUUUGGAUAAAACAAAAGCAGCGCGUGAAGAACGAGCACUGGAAAAGAAACGAGACAAUGCAAUCAUUGUGAUACAGUCAUGGAUUCGCGGCUGGUUAACGCGUAUCAAAUACGAACGACGAAUUCUAGCGGAGCUAGACGAAAUAAUACCACCAAAUAACAAAGACACAUCAAAUGCAGACGUUGAAUUGAAACCGAGCAUCGAUGUGUAUCAUGUGGUCAGUCGUUUUUUGAUAUUGUUCAAAGAAAAAUCGCCUACAUACAAUGAACGGUUGGAGCGUUUGUGUCGCUAUUUGUUGGCAUCAUUGGAAUCGGAAAAUCCGAAAUUGAGCUACAUCGGAGUGGCUCUAAACAAAGAGAUCAGCAUCGCUUGGAUACGGCACAUCAAACUGUUGCUAUACAAAUGUUGUGUAUGCAUGGAAAAACUAAAACCGGAUACGCAUUCGGAGAGUUUGACACUGGCAUUGUAUUUGCAUACGCUGGUUUCAUUUACAUCGCCAAACACAUGGGCUCUGUUGAAAGUAAAAAGUUUGACGGCAUUGAAACCCGGAAUGUCACAGCUGUGCAGCAAUGUGCUUGGUGCACUCGUUCAGAAGGGAUUUUUUAUCACAUUACGGCAAAUACUGUUGAAGGGAACCAGCCGAACGAAUAUUACACUCAAACCGAUCUCAUUCAAAGCCGUUCUAUCGCUAUCCAUUCGACCGUUGAUAUCGGGCAAUUUCACCGAAAAUUUAAUGUCCAUGUUUUUGGUGCAUAUCUUAUCAACACCUGCCUUAAUUUAUCAAAUCGAAGCAAAUGUACCCGAUUCACUGCAAGUAUUCCAAACGCAUACGGUUCUGGAGCGAAGCCUUGAUUUGCUGGAGAAAGAACAAAAUAUGAAAAUCAUCACAAACAGCAUGAAAGGAACACAAUCAUUAGCUUUAUUGGCCAAUCUUAUCCACUUAUUCCAUUUGGAGCCUAUUGAAACGGCAACGAAAUUCGGUUUUCCCACAUUCACGUUUGUUUGCAUGAAGCUGUUGCAAAGUAUUCCACAUUCAGUCGGACCGAAAGGUGGUACAUUCUCACAAUGGCAUGAACUUUUAGGAUGGUUCUCACCCAGCCCAGAUGCACCUCUCAACGAAAAUUUGUCACUGAUCAAAAGACAAUUGUAUUUGUUAUGGGGUCAUCGGACAGUGAAACUGCUUCUAGGUGAAAAUUUAAAGGAGUUGACAAUGGGCUACGAGAAAAUCGAAUAUACAUUACCACAACAAGGCUCUGGGAAUUUGUUGAAACGCGCCUUGGAACGAACACAAUCGAAAUCAACGCAAAGCAAAGCGAGCAAACCGUGGCGCAAACUGGGCUCACCGGAAAUAUCCAAAGUAGCCAUCGUUUGUUCCAUGUAUCAUGCGGCAUUGCAAACGCUAUCUCAAUUGAAAUUGGACAUUCUAUCUGGCCUAUGUUACAACGACACACUAUUACACGAUCUAUUCAUAUUGAUUGCCUCGUUAGGCAUUAAUUGUGGCUUGAAAUCGUUCUUAGAACUCUUAUCGCUCGCUUCAAACAUCUACCCACCGCCACUUUUGAUGUUAUUGCUAUUUUGUGAUUUGAUGACACACUAUGUGACAAUUUUAGACGACAUCGAAAUGUACGAGCAACAGACACCGUUCGAACUCGUCGACUAUGUCGCUCUUUCAAGUUUCCUGAACAAUUUUUUGUACAAAGCAAUUCAGGAAAAUAUAUUUGAUUUGAAGGUGAUAAAUUCAACACCACUGUUUACAUCAAUGCAUACGUUGCUAUUGUGUUUGUAUCGACGUGAUUGCCGCCGUCAAUUUGCGCCAAAAAAUCAUUGGCUAAUCUACGAUAUUCGGCCAUCGAACUUUCUGGCCGAUUUGGAGAAGGGCAAAAAACACACACAAGUGCUUUUAUCAAAAAUGCCACACAUCAUACCGCACGAAGAUCGGGUGAAACUAUUCCGAAAGUAUGUUCACAACGAAAAAGCGGUACUCGGUUUGACCGAAUCAGCGUGUGCGUCGCCCAGUUCAGCAUUGAUUACGAUACAUCGUGAUCGAAUCGUUGAAGAUGGCUAUCGCCAGUUGGCAAUGCUGCCGCCGCAUGCGCUCAAGGGAGUUAUUCGUGUAAGAUUCAUCAAUCAGCAGGGUCUUGAUGAAGCGGGCAUUGAUCAAGAUGGUGUUUUUAAAGAAUUCUUAGAAGAAACAAUCAAACGCGUUUUUGAUCCAUCGUUAAAUCUCUUCAAAACAACCAACGACCAACGAUUGUAUCCAUCGCCAACAUCACAGUUGCAGGAUAAUCAUUUACAGCUGUUCGAAUUUGUCGGACGCAUGCUCGGCAAAGCCGUUUACGAAGGCAUUGUGGUCGAUGUACCAUUCGCCAUGUUUUUCCUAUCGCAACUGCUCGGCCAAACACAACAAGCGCUGUACAGUUGCAUGGACGAACUACCAUCACUAGACAAAGAACUAUAUCGCAGUUUGACUUUUAUAAAACACUAUCAGGGUGACGUAUCCGACUUAGAUCUCACAUUUUCGGUGGAUGAAGAUCAAAUGGGCAAAAUCGUUACACACGAACUGCAUUCUGGCGGCAGAGCCAGACCGGUGACUAAUGAUAAUAAAAUCAACUAUAUUCAUUACAUGGCGUAUUUUCGAAUGCAUACGCAAAUUCGAGAUCAAACCGCUGCUUUCAUUCGUGGUUUUCGAAGCAUUGUCAAUUUGGAUUGGUUGUCACUAUUUUCGACUCCAGAAUUGCAACGUUUGAUAUCAGGUGAUACAGCACCGUUGGAUCUGAAAGAUCUACGGAAGCAUACGCAAUAUUAUGGUGGAUUUCAUGAUUCGCACCGGGUUGUUGGCUGGCUGUGGGAUAUUCUAUCUCGUGACUUUACUGAAGAUGAACGAAAACUAUUUCUUAAGUUUGUGACAAGCUGUUCAAAGCCGCCACUCCUUGGGUUUGCCCAUUUGGAGCCGCCGUUUUCCAUUCGAUGUGUUGAGGUGGGUGAUGACGAAGACACUGGCGAUACAAUCGGCAGUGUAAUUCGUGGAUUUUUUACAAUCCGCAAAAAGGAUCCGUUGAACCGUUUGCCGACAUCAUCGACAUGCUUUAAUUUAUUAAAAUUGCCAAACUAUCAAAAGAAGGGUACACUGCGUGACAAAUUGAGAUACGCCGUUUCAAGUAACACCGGCUUUGAAUUGUCUUAAGCAAAACAAACGAAAUAGAACAAACAAAAAAUAAAAUUUAACGGGUACGCCAAUGCAAAAUUCAGCCAAAACGAACAACUUGAUGUUUUGUAUAAAUAAUGUGAACACAAUUUGAAUCAAACUUCCAAAGAUAUUUACAAACACAAAAGAAAAAAAAAACAAAAUUAAACAGAAAACAAACAAAAAAAACACACAUACACACAAAUUUAAUGGAAAAAUCAUUAGUUUUUUUACUUUUAUUUUAAUAUAUUUAUCGGAAUAAGCUUUUGAAAUAUUUAUGAACUUAUUAUAAACAACAAAUUGUUAAGAAAUUUUAAGAAAUGGAGCGGAAGAAAAGUCGUAGAGAAGGAAAAACAAGAAAUUGUAAAUAUGAAGAAUGAGAAUGUAGUAUUCGGCACUUGUCGCCCAUAAUUCGUUUGUGAAUGAUAGCAUCUAAGAAUUCCUGUGGGAAAUUCUACAAAUUGCAAUGGCUAUUUGAAACGUUUAAGAAUACCUCACUGAAACAUUGAAGGAAAAAAAUAAUUUACAUUAAUGAAUAAAA